AUGAUGCAGGCGACAGAGUUACUCCAGCUAUUGUUGCUUACUCAAAAAACGAAGAGGUCGUUGGAUUGGCAGCAAAACAAAGUAGAAUAAGGAAUAUUUCAAACACAGUAAUGAAAGUCAAGCAGAUCCUUGGCAGAAGAUACACGGUGGUUCCAGGUCUCAGCCUUGGAAGCAUCCUGCCUUUUGUGGAGAAGCCAGUCCCCUUGUUGCCAACCAGAAAUGCGGUCCUCGGACCUGGCUUCUCAGGAAUUAGCCCAGAGAGGGAAGAAGCAGCUGGCUCCUGGAGAUAGACUGGAGCACACAGAAACUCCUCACACCUUCAGGUCGGCACCCUCCUGCCUAGGAGCCUCCUUCAGCUAGCCUUUCUUCCCAGUCUGCCAUGGCCACUUCCAAUAGCAGUGCGGGCAUCCGGUGGUCCAGACAGGAGACACGGACGCUUCUCUCCAUACUAGGCGAGGCAGAGUACAUUCAGCGCCUGCAGACCGUGCAUCACAACGCAGAUGUCUAUCAGGCCGUGUCCAAGCGGAUGCAGCAGGAAGGCUUCCGCCGCACCGAGCGUCAGUGCCGCUCCAAGUUCAAAGUCCUGAAGGCAUUAUAUUUAAAGGCCUAUGUGGCCCACGCCACAAGUAUGGGCGACCCACCACACUGUCCCUUUUAUGAUACGUUGGAUCAACUUCUCCGAAAUCAGAUAGUGACUGAUGCAGACAACUUAAUGGAGGACGCUGCUUGGGCCAAGCACAGUGACCUGAAUUUAGCAGCCCCUGACACCCCAGGGGAGGAGGGGACCAGCAUUCUGGGAGCAAAAAGGACUCAGGCAGCAGAGCAUCAGUCUAUUUUGAAAACAGUGAAGGAAUCAGAUGAUUGUCAGCUGAGGGUCAGUGACCAGAUGCCAGAAACCAGUGACCUCGAGGACUCCUGGGAUGAAUCCUCGGGUGCAGGGUGCUCUCAAGGGACCCCCAGCUACAGCAGCUCCCAUCACCUUUUCAGAGGUGCAGCUGCCCCCUGUCAGAGCAUCCCCAUGACGAGACUGACUGUGUCCGGUGAGCCCAGCCCCUGCUCCAGCUCCAGCCGAAACACUCACGGGGUGGCCUCCGCACAGCGGCCUCCAGCCUCCUCCUCCAGGGCUCCUUUUGUUUCUGGUGGGGAUAGACCUUUGACCACUGAGCCCCCUCCCAGGUGGGCCCGGCGAAGAAGGCGGUCAGUGGCCAGGACUAUUGCAGCUGAACUGGCAGAAAACAGGAGGUUGGCACGAGAACUUUCAAAGCGGGAGCAAGAAAAACUGGAUCGGCUGAUUGCCAUUGGUGAGGAAGCCAGCGCUCAGCAGGACACUGCCAACGAGCUCCGCAGGGAUGCGGUGGUCGCAGUCAGACGGUUGGCCACGGCAGUGGAAGAGGCAACCGGGGCUUUCCAGCUAGGACUUGAAAAGUUGCUUCAGAGGUUAAUUUCAAACACCAGAAGUUAGGAGCUGAUCAUGCAAGGGUGUAUUUCCUACACUGGCAGAGCCUGGGUCCAACCAAUGCCUCCUGAUACCCUGGCUCCUUUUCUGUGUCCUCAGGCAAAAAAGAGUGGAUGGACAGUUAAUGUGUGGAGUGAUAGGAACAUAUGUGCUAGUGGCUGCUCCCAGGUGUCUCCACUAGUUGAAAGACACUUUAGAAAUGCAAGGGGUGGCCCAGUAGAAAAAUGAUGCAGCCAAGUCCACAGAGCUAGCUAGCCCUGGCUUCGUCACUGAUGGGAGACGCUUUAGUUUACCUCUCUAUACCAGCUUCCUCAGCUGCUAAACCUGCCUACCUCACAGGGUUGUUGUGAGGAUCAGAUGGCUGAAAUAGAUGGGAAAGGGUUUAAAAGCACUAUACACAUGUAAGUUAUUAAAGCAUAUGACCUUGGCUGAGAGAAGGCUGGGGUGAGGCACAGUAGUUGACAAGAUACAGAAUUAGGGUUGUACACCAUGACCUCGUUGCUUAAAUCUCUGCUGGUUUACCUUGACUGCUUCCUAGAGUUUACAAUCUUCAUUUCUUAAAACCUCUCUAGUUCAUUAGGCUAAUGUAGACACAACAUGUAUUGGUCCUUUUUUAUAUUUGCUGUGUCUGUGACAUAACUGCUAGCAAGCGCUUAAUAGUCAAACCAUCUUUCCCUCCAUUUUACUUGUCUUUAGUCUCUUAUCUGUAUGGAUAUGAUUCAGAACUGAUAGGAAGCCACAAUCAUGCGUUUUGGUUCAUGUUGAUAAUCUUUGAUAUAAUGAGAAAUUGGCUGUCUUAUAAAAUACUCCCUAUAAGUAAAUUCUUUGCAUUCCAUGUUUAGGUUUCUUUAUAUUCAUAAUUAUUUAUCUUUAGGUUUGGUUUGUCAUUUGGACAUCAUGGAAACAAUUUGGAUUAUAUAAGCUUCCCAAAUACUUGUAGCUAAUUUUGUUCUUCUCUGUGUCUUUGUUUUCUGUCUAGUAUGUUGCAGAAAGCAAGCCUGAGAAAAUGUUUCUUCUAGGAAACUCUCCAAAGUCACUUUUUCUCACAAGGUGUUGACAAAAGUUCACCUUGUUAAUGGCAUAUAUUAGAAGAGAACAGCUUUGGGAACAAUUGAACCUGGUAUGAAUAAGGACAGCUUGCAACAGAUAGCUCUUUUUAAAGCACCAGCCCUUCACAGAUACAUCCCCUUUUCUCUCUGAAACACACACAUUUCCUAGAGGAGAUAAGAUGGUAUCUAGCCAGGCUUCCAAAUUACUUUAGAAGGGAAGCCAUAACUGACCAUCAUUAACCUGACUUAAAGUUCUUAGCAGUUAUUUGGGCUUCCCAGGUGGCUCAGUAGUAAAGAACCUGCCUGCUGAUGCAGGAGACGUAAGAGACAUGAGUUAUUUCAGGAAAUAUAAAAAGCAGACUUGGAAUUUAAAAAGCUUUCCUAUAAUCUAGUGGUGAUGGUGGUGGUUUAGUCUCUUGACUUGUGUCUGACUCGUGAUCCCAUGGACUGUUGCCCGCCAGGGUCCUCUUUCCAUGGGAUUAUCCAGGCAUGAAUACUGGAGUGGGUUGCCAUUCCUUCUCCAAUGAUCUUCCUGAUCCAGGAAUCAAAUCUGUGUCUCCUGCAUUGCAGGCAGAUUCUUUUUUGCUGGAACCACCAGGGAAGCCCUCCUGUAAUCUAGAGACUGAAAUAAAAACUGCAGGCCUGUUGGGAGAGGUUUUAUUUUAUAUUUUGCAGCUCGGUUGCUUACCUAAAUGCUGGAAAUACCAUUAGGUGGAGAAAUGGUCCAAACCACAGUGGGAACAUCCCUGUAACCAGGAACAGAUGGCAGGCAGGCAAGCUGCUCUGGUGAACGAGUGAUUAUGGAGGAGGUGUGAGGUAGACUACACUGGAAUCAAGUUAGAACUCCUGGGUUCUGAUGCUGUCACGCUUUGUUACAUUGAGCAAAUCACUUGUCUUUUUUUGUGCCUCAGUUUCUUUAUUUCUAAAGAGAGGUUUGUACCAGAUGGCUUUUCUCGUACCUUACGGAAAAUUAGACGAAUAGCAUAACAGAAGACAAAGUGAAAUUUUGAUUGUCGUGUUUUCAGUCACAGAAGCAUAUUAAUGUUUGUUUGAAAUACUGCUAACAGUUGUAUUUUAAGGAAAGAUUCUACACUAUUGAUAUUUAUGACUUCUUAUGGACUUCUAUUAACUCCACACCCAGACAGAUUCCUUGCUUUUAAAAGGCCUGGAAAUGGAGAUAAUUUUUUUUUUCUGUGUUGUUUUAGGCCCUUAUAUAGAGGGAUGUAUUUCAGUUACAACUGGAUAACACUACUGUAGAUAGUUAGAUUUUCUGAAAAAUUAAGGAAGUACUUGAAAGAGUUAGGCCCGUACUCUAUUAAUCACUUAAUGGUAGCAAAGUAUCAGGCAGGGAUUUACUGGAGAUAAGAGGAGUGCUAAAGCAUGGAGGCCAGGUUGAACUUUGGAGGCGGUAGUGUGCAGACCUGGUGGGUGAAGUGACUUGAAGGUGGGAAUACAACUAAAGGGAAAGAUCUUAAAGAAGUUAACAGGAAAACAGGCCCAGAAAUCCUGCCUGAGCUCUAGGCUCCGCCGGAACUCCCCAUCCGUCCACAAGCAGGUCACUUCACCGUUCUGUACCUCAGGCCCCUCCCCUCUGCAGUGGGAGGCCAUCCCAGCUACCUCACAGGAGCUACAUGAGGACCCAGUGGACAGAUGGCUGUAACAGGCUCUGUGCUGAGACUGAGGAGGGGGAACAAGCCCAGUAGCAUGUCAGUGUGGGGCGAGGAUCUGCCUCUUGCAAGGGGCCCUUCAAGAAAGAGGAGGAUGAAGGCCAGGGUACCCUGGUAGGAGUGAUGCUCUGCCUCCUGAAGCCUGCAAAGUAAAUGGUGCUGUGUAUACCAGCCUCCCACCACCUUCUGUCUCUCUGUGAAGUGACUUGAUCCUGGUGUGGACAAAUAAAGUUGCUAUCUGUACACA